CAAAGCGUUUAUUUGAUAUCCUUUUGGAUUCUGGCGCUGAAAGCGGGCCAAUCUUCGAAAUGCCUGUCGUUAACGUCGAAGAUUUGGUCCGUCUCCAGCGGAAACCCGAUGACAUACGAAACAUAUGCAUCCUGGCACACGUAGACCAUGGCAAGACGUCCCUGACAGACAGUCUCAUUGCCACAAAUGGCAUCAUCUCUCCAAAGCUGGCGGGCAAGAUCCGCUAUCUGGAUUCCCGUCCAGAUGAACAGAUCCGUGGCAUUACGAUGGAGUCAUCGGCGAUUUCGUUAUAUUUCUCCAUGCUUCGGCGCCCAGCACCAAAUGCCACUCCGGAACACAAGGAGUAUCUGGUCAACUUGAUUGACUCGCCGGGCCAUAUCGAUUUCAGCAGCGAGGUAUCGACGGCAUCUCGUCUCUGUGAUGGUGCGCUUGUCCUCGUAGAUGCGGUAGAGGGUGUCUGCAGCCAGACAGUUACCGUCCUACGGCAGACGUGGGUGGAGCAGCUGAAGCCCAUCCUGGUCAUUAACAAAAUGGAUAGGCUGGUGUCUGAGUUGAAAAUGAGCCCCCAUGAGGCAUAUUCUCAUUUGACUAGACUGUUGGAACAAGUGAAUGCUGUUCUGGGUAGUUUUUAUCAGGGGGAGCGCAUGGAGGAAGACCUACAUUGGCGUGAACGUAUGGAGGAGCGGGCAAAUGCAUCAACUACUGCUGGGAACAAAACCGUUUCUAAGAAACAAGCGGAUGAUGCGGUAUCUGAAGCGUCCGCUGCUACUGAGCAACUGAGUGCUGCUGAAUUCGAGGAGCGAGACGAUGAAGAUAUUUAUUUUGCUCCUGAGAAAAAUAACGUUAUCUUCUGCAGUGCGGUAGAUGGUUGGGCUUUCACGGUGCGGCAGUUUGCGGGGAUUUAUGAGAAGAAACUCGGAAUGAAAAGGGCUGUCUUGGAAAAAGUCCUCUGGGGUGACUACUACCUUGAUCCAAAGACAAAACGUGUGCUCGGGUCAAAGCAUCUAAAGGGAAGAGCACUGAAACCAAUGUUCGUCCAACUCGUUCUCGACAGCAUCUGGGCAGCAUACGAAGCUACGACCGGUGGAGGGAAAGGAAAAGGUGACCCCGUCUUAUUGGAAAAGAUCACAAAGUCUCUGAACAUCACCAUCCCUCCUUACAUUCUGCGCGCAAGAGACCCCCGAAACAUAAUGACCACGUUAUUUUCGAUGUGGCUCCCCCUAUCCACAGCUGUCCUGGUGUCCGUGGUUGAAUAUCUACCAAGUCCCCGAGCCGCUCAAGCCGAGCGCUUACCGAGAAUGAUUGAGGGAUCACCAGGUUCCAAUUUCGUUGAUAAGAAAGUCAGAGAUGCCAUGGUUGACUUGAAGAUGGGUCCAAACGACCCCGUCGUGGCAUAUGUGAGUAAGAUGGUAGCUGUCCCAGAGAGUGAACUUACAUCUAGUAAAAGCCGAGGAGGGGGCGGGAGUAUGACGGCGGACGAAGCUAGAGAGAUUGCAAGACGGAAGAGAGACGAAAUUGCUAAACUACAAGCGGAAGCCAAUGAGGGACAGUCCGAUGAUUUCUCUCGGGUCACAUCGGCUUUCGAAAGAACAUCCUUGAUCACGGAGGUGGUUGAUGCCCCUGAGGAGAAGGAAGAUCCUGAACAUCUUAUUGGAUUUGCGCGCCUAUAUUCAGGAACUCUGUCCGUUGGAGAUUCAAUAUAUGUCUUGCCACCAAAGUUCUCACCAGCACAUCCCCACACGAGCCCCGAACCACAAAAGGUCACUGUUACGGACCUCUAUCUCCUAAUGGGAAGAAGUUUCGAGCCACUUAGCUCGAUUCCAGCAGGCGUGGUCUUCGGCAUCGGAGGUCUUGCAGGCCGAGUUCUCAAGACAGGUACACUAUGCAGCCAACUGGAAGGAAGUGUCAAUCUUGCAGGUGUUUCCUUGAAUUCACCACCUAUUGUGCGCGUUGCCCUUGAGCCGGUGAAUCCCGCAGAUCUGGGUAAGAUGAUUACUGGGCUACGGCUCCUCGAACAAAGCGACCCCUGUGCACAGUAUGAGGUGCUUCCCAAUGGCGAGCAUGUCAUACUAACCGCCGGCGAACUGCAUCUGGAACGUUGUCUAAAGGACCUGCGAGAGCGCUUUGCGAAAUGCGAAAUCCACGCUGGUGAAACAAUGGUACCGUAUCGAGAAACCAUCGUCAGUGCACCCGAAAUGACACCUCUAAAGCAACCAGAACUUGGACGAGGAGGUAUUCUUGCAGUUUCUCCAUCAAAACAGCUGUCUAUUCGCCUGCGUGUGGUUCCAUUGCCUGCGAUAGUAACUGAGUUUUUUAACAAGCACGUUGGAACCAUUAAACGACUUCAGCAGGAAAAGCGUCUGGGGCCUGAAAAUACAUCCAACUCGGAGGAAGUAGAGAGCACGCAACAAGCAGAAGCUAGCGAUGCUACCUCGGAAUCCCGUGAGGCGAAUGUUCUCCCGCUUAGGGAAUUCAGGCAUGAACUAGAGAAGCUUUUCGGAGAGGUCAAGGAUGACCGGGAUCUAUGGACAAAUGUCGUGGAUCGAAUAACAGCCUUCGGGCCGCGACGAGUAGGACCAAAUAUUCUCAUUGAUGCUACAACAGUAAACACCUGCGAGAAAUUCCUCCUUGAAGACCCCAAGCCGCAACCCAGCAUCAUCGCAGACAGUGACAACAAAGAAGCCCACAUCGUCCGCGACUUCUGUGACAAGAUCACGUAUGCCUUUCAACUUGCAACCGGACAGGGACCACUAUGUCUAGAGCCCAUCCAGGGAAUAGCCGUGUUUCUAGAAGAGCUAUCCGUGAACACGAACGGCGAGGAGCUCGACCUUGGCCGACUUACAGGCGAAGCAAUCCGAUUAGUCCGCGAUGGUAUAUCUCAGGGCUUCCUCGACUGGAGUCCUCGAAUCAUGCUUGCAAUGUAUAGUUGUGAGAUUCAAGCAUCAACGGAGGUCCUUGGCCGCGUCUACGCCGUAAUAACCCGCCGACGAGGCCGCAUCCUCUCCGAAACCAUGAAAGAAGGAACCCCCUUCUUCACCAUCUUGUCGUUACUCCCCGUCGCGGAAUCAUUCGGUUUCGCCGAGGAAAUCCGCAAGCGCACCUCUGGCGCCGCGCAGCCGCAGCUCAUCUUCGCAGGGUUCGAAGCCCUCGAUGAAGAUCCGUUCUGGGUCCCCGCGACGGAGGAAGAACUGGAAGAUCUGGGUGAGUUGGCGGAUCGGGAGAAUGUGGCGAAGAGAUAUGUUGAUGCUGUGAGGACGAGGAAGGGGUUGAUGGUUAAGGGGAGGAAGUUGGUUAAAGAUGCGGAGAAGCAGAAGACUUUGAAGAAGUAGGUUGCAUGCAUUCUUCCAUUUGACAUGGCGCAGAUGCUGGAAUGGUAGUAUAUAGAUGGAAUGCAUGUGGUAUGGGUUAUUUGUUGUUGGAGUAUGUAUAUAAGUCGGAUAUGCAUUGCAACAUUGCAUCGGGGGAAGAGAAAAGUGAUCUGUGUCUUAUGGAUUGAUUUGCUCUUAAUCUACUCUACUACAUACCAGAAAGAGGCUCGCAUUCCAUCCCUUUUAAGAUAUGUACCCUCAUCAAUGAAAAAUUUCCAGAUUUCACAGCAAAAGAAAUAGGAAAGAGGACUAUGAAAAAGGUUAUGACAAUGAUAUCCCUCCAGUGACAACCACAGACUGACAUUGAUGAAGUCAAGACCACGGAUACUGAGGAGGUUGAACGGUAGAUCUCGUAGUAGAAAGCUACAAUGAAAGACAGCUGGAGAAAAAAAAAAGUGGAUAUGGAUAUGGCUUCUCAUUAAGUCUUUUUUUUUCUCGAGAGGUUCCGAGUCUAUUCGUAGUGCCCAUCGGGUACCUCUAGACCUCUAGUGAUGGUAACACGUUGAUUCAUCAUUCGUAGAUAUGUCGAGUUUGUAUCAAUGCUUGACGUUGCGUCAAGUCAACCUGUCGUUGCAAUGCUGCCGUCUGCAUGAAUUAUGGAGAAAUAGCCAUUAUUGCUAGCAGGAUCGAGCGCAGUUGCAGGCAGGACCUUCUGGCUGACACUGCCGAUGUGAAUGAGCUGCUGCGAAAUGAAGCUUCGCAAUCCAAAGCAGCUCGCAUUUCUGAUAUAUCAGUGUGAGCCCCAAACUGCAGUGGGUAUACGGUGGGGCAUGACGCGAGUUAUCAUGAACAUUUCCUUCCUUCACUGUUUUGGAAAGAAAGAAUCAGAUUCCUCAGAAGGGACGAGCCACCUUUCUCGACUCCCCAACCCCAGUCGCGGGAUCCCUCAUCUCCUUCCAGCUGACAGGAAACAUCAUGUUACCAGCCUCACUCCGUGCCAUUACGACACCAAGAUCAUUCCGCGCCGUGGUAAGAUAAUAGAAGCUCUGGUCACCCAGCGAGAUGACCGAACCGCGCACAAUAUCUCCGACGCGAAACAUCUCAUCCAUGACAACGCGGUCUUUCUCAACGGCACGCACAUCCUCUUUGCGAAUGAGAGCUUGGAAACGCAGCUCGUCUGAGCUGCUGUGGUUCUCCACGUUCACUGCGGAUGUGAGGAUGGACUCGAUGUCGUCGUUGUCUGAAGCGAGCUGCGAAUCAUCGAGCACGACUAGGAUGGAAACGGUGGCUUGGCGUUUCUGGACACGUGUUACUCGUGCCAGGACGAUAGAGUCAACCGCGGGGAGGGUGUUGUAUCUUAGUUUUGAUUUUGGGGGUGCAGGUUUGGUAGAUGAUGCUGCUGGUGUCGGUACCGGUUUGACUCCAUUGGGAGAUAAAUUAGAUGUUCCUUCACCAGGAGACGCAUGGUUAUAUGUCCGAGAAACAGUGAGAACGGACUUUUGUUUGGCACCUGGCUGAGCAGGGUUUGCAACCACCGGGCCAGCAAUUGAGGCGUAUACGUGUGCGUUCAGGACGUGUGUGCCAGGACCAGCAGAGUAAGAAGAAGUCGGUCCCAGUCGCUGGCCUGGAACAGCCAGAGGCGGGAGACUGGUCGCCAUUCCAAAGAAUGACAGAGAGUCGAGUGUGGAUGGCUGAGGGGUGAGGAAG